UUUAAAAGUAAAUCUUGAAUUGUCUUGUUUCUGUAAGAACGAUAUAAUGCGUACGCUGUGAAUAAUACUGAAUAAUUUGCAGGGGCCCCGAAACGUUACCUCGUCUCUCGUUGGUCCUCUCUGCCUCACAAGAUCACAUGAUCCGAGUCUGCCCAUGUUUCGUUAGCCUGUUAGCUAGCUAGCCGCUCAAGCACCACCGAGCCUCUGGAGAUCACCAGGAAACGGUGCGACCUGACGUUAUCUCGAGCAACGCCGGGGCUAGCAGCUGUCAAACAUUUGCAUUAAUAUAUUUUUUGGUUGUUUCGUGUGUCCCUCCUCGUUCGCUCUGCAGCGGUCUGGCCUCAACUGUAAAGCUGGUUAGACCUUACCUACAUGGCUGCCCACAUCAACAGUAAGCAGAUGAGCAUGUGACCAGAGAUCAGGGUCUACAGCACAUGAUCUGGAAAAGUGGAGGAGGGCAAAAUCAACCAGGGGUACAUUAUUUCACAGUGGUCGAUCAGGAGUGAACAGCCAUGACAACAAAGACAUCCCUGCUGAAAGUCAUCCUGCUGGGUGACGGCGGUGUGGGAAAAAGCUCCCUCAUGAAUCGCUACGUCACCAACAAGUUCGAUGCGCACCUUUUCCACACCAUCGGCGUGGAGUUCCUCAACAAGGAGCUGGAGGUGGAUGGCCACCAGGUGACCCUGCAGAUCUGGGACACGGCUGGCCAAGAGCGCUUCCGCAGCCUGAGGACUCCUUUCUAUCGCGGCUCUGACUGCUGCUUGCUCACCUUCAGCGUAGAUGACAGCCAGAGUUUUCUCAAUUUGGGCAACUGGAAGAAGGAGUUCAUCUACUACGCGGACGUCAAGGAGCCGGAGAAGUUCCCGUUCGUCGUCUUGGGCAACAAACUGGAUGUGACGGAGCGGCAGGUGUCUACUGAGGAGGCUCAGGAGUGGUGCAAAGAGAACGGCGACUUCCCCUAUUAUGAAACCAGUGCCAAGGAUGCCACCAAUGUAGCGGUGGCCUUUGAGGAGGCAGUGCGCAGGGUGUUGGCAUCGGAGGAGAGGACGGACCACCUCAUCCCCACAGACACAGUCAAGCUCCACAGAAAGCCUCGCUCUGCGGCCACUUGCUGCUCAUAACACCCAGGAGUUAUCACUAACAUUAAUUUGCUGUUAAUGCCUGUUAUGUGGUGAGGCUGUAGGUGCACUAUGCUGUAGUGACAUCUUAUUUAAACACAUGACGCACUAUGAUUUUGUUAUACUGUUGAAGGUUUGAUAAAUGCUAGUUGGACUUCUGCUUGAAGAAAAAGCGAAGAAACACUAAAUUGAACCCCCUUCAAAUUCCAAAUAAACGUUUAAAAAUCACUGAAUGACUCACUCGGUCUGCCAUAGUUCAAUAGUCAGGCUUUGGAGGUGGAACAGGAAAAACGACUGUAUUCACAUUGACCCAAGCCUACCUGCGGGAAACUAAAAAUAUCUCAUGACGGAACAGAGGCAGUAAUUGUCCCUCUCUAAUGGCUGUGACUCUUUAAACUGUUUGUAGAUGUGUACAACCUUGGGAGUGCGAUUGUUAUAGGAUCUCUGAACCUUACUCCUAAAUGAAAUCAUGUAGAUAAGAGUGGUGACCUGUGUUUAUAAUCAGAAAACCAACUGCAUAAUUAAAUAACUUAUACAGCCCAUUAACUUUAUUCCUGAAAAUUCUGAAGUAGCUAAGGCACUACUUUGUGUAACUAACAAAUUGAGGCUUGUCAUGAUUAUUGCACAUUUAGUUAUUGUUUGCGCACAUUCUGCAUAGUGAAUAGGUAAUGGCUAUGUGCUGGAAGCACCGAGGGAACAAGAUUCCUACAAGAAGAUACAAAAUAAAGCAAAGAUAACAUGCAUGGCAUAUGGUGUAUUUACGUUUCUGGAAACUUUUGUAUUUUUUAAACUGUUUUUACCUUUUAAAGAAAUCACUCAAUCAUCAUUUCUUUUGGGAGAGUGGAUGAAAUACUGGAGAUGACUGACCGAACCUUUUCUCUCAUUAUUAAGUUUGUUUUAGCUGAUGGUUUCUGAUUUUAAAAUACUCUGUUUAACUCUUUUUUUUCAUACUUUCAGUUGAAAGUGUUUCCAAAUAGCUUAUUAUUUAAAAUGGUGAACCAUUCAAUUACCUUAACUGUGUCUUUCAGAUUUCGUUUUUUUUUUUUUUUUCAAAAUUGUACUACUGGUAUGCCAAACGAUCAAUAAAUCCCCUGAGAAUUAUC